CUUGUGUGUCAGGGUGGUAGAGUACGGUGGUAGAGUAACGCAACGCACAGGAUAGCCUAUCCUGUGGCAACGUAGAGGCUUUUCGUUCCUGUUGGUCUUGGUGGAACUAAUCAGCUCUAUCAUAACAUUUAGAGCCUCGUCGGACGGACUCUACCUUUAACAGUGCGUGUCAGAACGCUUGUCCGGAUGCCGGUAUUGAAGUGCUUUAAUUUCACCGGAACGCAUACAAUGUUUAUAUUGACGAAGUAAAAUCAAUUAAUGUUAUGGAUUUCUGACAUCACCUGCAACGAGUGUUAUAUAUUAGACAAGCCUAUAUAACAUAUAAGCCUUGAAAUCCACCAGUACAAAUGACCAUGUAGGAGUAUCUAACCUAUAGGCCUAUAUGCUUCCAGUGUAUUGUCAGUAGGCCCUUCCUUGACCCGAACAUGGACAAGACAGUAUUGAGAAUGACGGUGUUCACGUACGCGCGGCCGUACCCGGCGCUAGGGGAGGAGAAAGAAAUAGACGUAGAAGAAUUUGCAGCAGCUUCAGAGAUUUUACCAGUGUUUCUGGAUAAACUGGGCUGUUUUCCAGAAAUUGUCAAAAACGAUGUGAGAGGCAAUAUACGGAAAAUGCGAGACGCCUUGGCCAAAGAUGGGAUUAAAUAUAUAAAGGCGCGGUUAGAAAAAGACAAGUUACAAGGUAUACAAGCGAAAGGUGACUCUUCGUCCGUGGCUGUGUUGUGGUUGAGGCGGGCGCUCCUCUUCAUGUGGUAUUUACAAAAGUUACUCAUCGAGGACCACCUGACGAACAAGGAGCCCGACUCCUUAUACGAGGCCUCGCAGAAAGCCUACAGCUUAUCCUUAGACAAAUAUCACAACUUCGCCACUAGAGCGAUAUUUAAAACAGUUUUACGGUUUGUGCCAACGCGGACCACAGCGUUGGCGAGUUUAGCUGAUGGUGCUCCGGUCGCUCAGGUUAUACAAGAUAUGCAAGAAAUGAUGGAAAAGUUAUGGCCGUUGCUGGUUGUCAUCCGAGGAUAUUUCAUCGAAGUGGACGAGGUUAGAUACAAGAAGGAGUUCAGAGGAGAGGACUGACCGUCUCGUUGUCAUCGUGGUCAUCUGGGGCAGCUCAGUUUAUUAUAAGGAGAUUCUUGGGAUAUUCAAGGCAACAGUGGAGUUGCCACUAUUCCACAUGAUGUAGCCGUCUGAUAUUUGCAUGUAAACAUUGGUUUUGGGAAAUCAGGUGAUCGCUAAUUGACCAAUAUACUGGUGGCAAAAACGCCCUGGCUGUUGCUCUAGGCCUGGCCCGUCCCACCAGCAGAUCGGAGCCUAUUUCAAUGGGCUACUAAUGCUAAAGCAGUGGGCUGGUCACCCUUUAGAGUCCCGCACAAACAGUAUUGUUAUUCAAAGGGCGAGGUGCAAUUAAAUUGGCACCUGGUGUUUUUUUUUAUAUAUUCCCCAUCCAUUUGUGUUCGUUCUUUUGUAGUGAUACAGAGCAACAUAGUGUACCAUUGUCAUACUGCGAUCGAUGAAUUUAUUAAGUAUUGGCGUGUGUAUAUUGUAUUCCAAUGUUUAAAAGAGAAAGUUCGAUAUGAAAGAACACUGCAGCUGCUGCUCUCCAAGGCAAUGUAGAUAGGCAUGGUGAUUGUCCUCGAUUUUCAGUGGAGCAUACUAACAUACAAUGUAACCUGUCAGUCAAGAAUCCUCAAUGAACGGGUGAUAGGCCGGUCGAGAUUUCAUUCAAAUAGUCGUGAGAGUCUCUUCUCCGUCAUAUCCGGUGAAACUUGAUCAGUAAGUAACCUGCAGUCUGGUAAGGACUCUCGUUUAACGAGUUGUCGCCAAUUCGGGGAGGGCCUUGUCGCCCGAAGUGGCGACAAAUCUUCGAAUUGGCAGCAACUCGUAAAACGAGGAUCCUUGUGUGACUGGUAACACCUCGAUCGAGUAAUUGACUAAUAAUAUCUUUGCCCAAAAACGCCCGUCCUCGGUUGCCCGGAGUCAUUAUUUGUAAAAUAUCUUCAUGCCAGACAAUAACAAAUAUAAUAUGUAUUAAUGAUAA